UGGCUAUUCAGUCGCAGUAGCGGCCUUUUAAUUGUGCUCGUGAUUUAGUCUGGUUGUUGUCAAGCAUGUCUGGUGGAUAUCCAGUUUUAGAGCUCUCGGCAGAGGACCUGCGCCUAAUGCUUGCAGCUCACGUUCAUGUGGGGGAGACUAAUAUGAAUUUCCAAAUGUCAACAUACGUCCAUGGGUGUACUAAAGAUAAUUAUCACAUUAUUAAGUUGGAUAAAACAUGGGAGAAAAUCCUUCUAUCAGCUCGUGCUAUUGCAGCGAUUGAUCAUCCGUCAGAUGUUUACGCAAUCGGGUCCAGGCCAUUUACUCAGCGUGCUGUAUUAAAAUUUGCGAACUACACAGGAACAACAGCAAUGGCAGGCCGCUUCACACCUGGUACCUUCACCAACCAGAAACAAUCUUGUUUCCGAGAACCCCGCCUGUUAAUUGUCAGUGACCCAAUAAGCGAUCACCAAGCUGUAUAUGAAGCUAAUUCUGUAAAUGUUCCGCUUAUUGCAUUCUGCAAUACUGACACCCCUUUGUCACGUGUUGAUAUCGUCAUUCCCUGUAAUAACAAGUCAACAAAUUCUAUUGCCGUUGUGUGGUGGCUUCUUGCUCGUGAAGUACGGCGCAUCCGCGGCGAAGAUACAAGAUUGCACCAAUGGAGUGUACUACCUGACCUGUUUCUCUAUCGCGAUCCAAACGAGGAAGAGCAAAAUGCUGAGGAAGUUGAUGAUGCUAGAUUGGAACCCGCUUUGCCAGGGGCCGAUAUUGAAGCUGCAGAAACGUGGGGAGUUGAGCCAACAAUGCCUGUCGGAUCAUUAGGUGAUAUGGGGAUAGCCGCUGCUGGUUACGGUCCUGUUGGUGGGACAGCAGGUGGUUGGAGUAAUUUAGAUGCCGAUCCAACAGAAACGUGGUAGUUUAGCAAUAUAACUUAUGGAAAAGUACAUCUUGUUUUCUAUACGGAUCACCUUGUCAUUAAAUUUGCUAGUUUAUGUAGUGUGCUACUCCAGAUUCAUAGGUUUUGGUACGAAUUUAGUCUCUUGUCAAUAGGUCCAGUAGGUGAGGUAGACUGAGCAAAUUUCUACAUUUAUGUUGCCGUUUUUUAAAUAUUCGUUUCUCAGGGGCAGGUUUCCUACCAUUACUUAGACGAUUGGGAUUUACACAUCCCAAUGUGUGGCGCAUAUAUAUUUGGUGCCCCCCUGUACCAAUAUUUAUGUGUUCAAAUAAAUAAUACACAUCCCAAUAUACUGAAAUUCUACAAUGAACAUUUUAAUAAAGAUUCUAUUCCUACUGAAAGUAAUAUUCAUAUAUAGUUGAAUAAAUUGCCAAUUCUUAAUUAACAAAC